UUUCUGUAUGUGGAGUCAGAAGUCAUGAGUACCCACGUAUUGACUUGGAGGGAAACGCGUUAAUUGAAAAAAAAUACGAUUAACAACAGAAUUAAAGGUCUGGGUCGUUCGCUUCAUUUGUAUUUGGUUAGUAUACUUCGUGUUACUCUGCACUAAUAAACCGUACCUCUUGAGGUGAUUGUACUGGAAAUUUGCCGCGGCCUUGUUUUUUUCAGAAAAUGAUAGUUGUCUUGUCCAAUCAGCACUAACGUGGAAGCUUGUCCCCGCCUAUUUUUGGCUCUUGGAACUAUCUGGACUAAUCAGCGCUCGCCUCUGCGUGUUCAGCCAUUUUGUAAGAAAAUCAAGCAAGUCUGCCGCCCUACCUUCGCUUCAGACCUGCGGUUUUUUCUUGUGCAAUGGACGGCCGCCUAGACGCCACUGAGUUGUACCCUCUGGGAUCCGGCUACGUCCCUGAAAUCGACAGCGUCCAUGACAUAUCAGUUGGCACAAAGAGGGGAUCCGACGAACUCUUUUCUUCCUGCAUAUCCAACGGACCCUAUAUCAUGAACUCAGCCAAUGGCAACGACAGCAAAAAAUUCAAAGGUGACGUCCGCAGUCCUGGCGUUCCCUCACGUGUCGUCCAUGUACGCAAGCUACCCAGCGACAUCAAUGAGGCUGAAGUUAUAAGCCUGGGACUUCCCUUUGGGAAGGUUACUAAUCUGCUGAUGUUGAAAGGCAAAAACCAGGCCUUCCUGGAGCUUAACAGCGAGGAGUGUGCACAGACAAUGGUGAAUUAUUACUCAUCUGUCACUCCGGUCAUCAGAAACCAUCCCAUUUACAUGCAGUAUUCGACUCAUAAGGAGCUCAAGACAGACAACUCCCCAAACCAAGUGCGUGCCCAGGCAGCUCUGCAGGCAGUCAAUGCCUUGCAUGGAGGUGGGAUGGGAAGCAUGACCAUUUCUGCAGAUGCUGGUAGCAUGGGAGGUGGAGGUGCCCAAAGCCCUGUCCUCAGAGUUAUUGUGGAAAACCUCUUCUAUCCUGUAACUCUGGAUGUUUUACACCAGAUUUUUUCUAAGUUCGGGACUGUGUUGAAAAUCAUCACUUUCACCAAGAACAACCAAUUUCAGGCUCUUAUCCAGUAUGCUGAUGCAAUGACAGCUCAACAUGCUAAACUGUCUCUGGAUGGCCAGAACAUCUACAAUGCAUGCUGUACCCUGAGAAUCAGCUUCUCCAAGCUCACAAGCCUCAACGUCAAGUAUAACAAUGACAAAAGUAGGGACUACACCCGCCCAGACCUUCCUACCGCAGACUCACAGCCCUCUAUUGACCACCAGACAAUGGCUGCAGCAUUUGCUGCACCAGGCAUAAUAUCAGCCUCUCCCUAUGGUGGAGCUCAUGCCUUCCCUCCGACCUUUACUAUCCAACAGGCAGCAGGUCAGUACGGCCUCUCAAUGCCUGGUAUUCCCAGUGCCCUGGCAUCCCUGGGUGUGGGCCACAGUGGCAUGGCAGCUGCUGCUGCUGCAGCCGCCAGCCGGCUCGGCUUGUCAGGGCUCACUGCCACUGGGGGACACAAUGUCUUGUUGGUCAGCAAUUUGAACCCCGAGAGCGUUACGCCACACUGCCUCUUUAUUCUUUUCGGUGUGUAUGGCGACGUGAUGAGAGUGAAAAUCCUGUUCAAUAAAAAGGAGAAUGCUCUCGUACAAAUGUCUGACGGAACACAAGCUCAGCUUGCAAUGAGCCACUUGAAUGGCCAGCGUCUCCAUGGCAGGGCCAUGCGUGUGACACUGUCCAAACACACCACAGUUCAGCUGCCCAGAGAAGGCCACGAGGACCAGGGCCUCACAAAGGAUUACAGCAACUCCCCCCUGCAUCGUUUCAAGAAGCCUGGCUCCAAAAAUUACUCAAACAUUUUCCCGCCCUCUGCAACACUCCACCUUUCCAACAUACCGCCCUCUGUGGUGGAGGAUGAUCUAAGGAGACUGUUUGCCAGCUCAGGAGCCACCGUCAAGGCCUUCAAGUUCUUUCAAAAGGACCGCAAGAUGGCCUUAAUCCAGAUGGGCUCGGUUGAGGAGGCCAUUGAAUCCCUCAUUGAGUUCCACAACCACGACCUGGGGGAGAACCAUCAUCUUCGAGUGUCCUUCUCUAAGUCCACCAUCUGAAAGCCUUUCAUUCCACCCUCCAAGCCUGUUGCCACCUGAAUGCUACUGCCCUUGAGGCUGCCUUCAGUGGGAACGGCCUCCAUAACAUAUUUCUAGUUUUUUUGCAGAAUGUUGCUACUUUAAAUCCUUCUACAAAGUCUGAUUUAGUUAGGUUUGGCUAUUUGUUUUGAUUGCCUGCUUGGACUCCAGGAGAGCAAUAUACUUGGAACAGAAACACCUUCAUUUAGUGUUUUAUGUUGGCUGUAAAGAUUGUCAAAUAUUGACAGAAUUGUAUUUUGCCAGGCACAAAGCAACUGUAACGCGUUUGAUAUUUGGACAUUAUUUCAUUGGCAUUAGGAGAAAAAACAGUUUAAUACUCUGCAGUUUGUGAGACAGACCGGAACUGUGCCAUGUCCACCCUAUGAGGAAUAAGCGGUAUGGCAAAUGAAUGAACUGCCAGGGCCUGACCAUGAACGAGCCCACACAGUAAACUACUACACCUGUAGUUUUAAAAGUAAAUGGAAAUACAUUUUCUUUGGAGCAAGCAGGCUAAAUCUUAGCAUGUUUGGAUCUAAUCUAUUUCAGGACAGGCUGUUUGUAGUCAAACCUAAAUAAUAUUUUGUUUUUGACCAACUUUUCAGGUGUUGUGUGCAACAUUCUGCAAUAAAACGAGUUAUGUAGGAGGUAAAGUAGAGGCAGCUGAUGAACUGUCCCACAGACCAAAUUGCUUAAACACACCCUCCGCCACAGAUGUAUGUGAAUGAAUUGUAACUGCACCAGACACACUUCAGCAUUCCUUUCACUAUCACAGUCGCUGGAAAUAUCUGCGUGUGUUUGUGCCUUUUUGAAAAGCCACUUUGAUCUUGUUCGGCCAGUCUGACAGUUUAAGACAGGGACUAAGUUUUGGUUUACUGACCAUCACACUUAUUUGACCUUGUAACUACCCUCCUGUUUUCUUAUGGGGAUCCAUACCACUGCGGGAAUUCAUUCAGCAAUGACACGACUCAGACUUUCUCUGUAGUGAUGUGCCUUACGUUUCCCCGGCUGGACUGUUCGGCUGUUUGAAAUGAAAUGGCUCACAACAAGCCUUUUUUUCAUGCCUUUUGGUAUGUUACCAGCAUUGUUAAAUUGGGGGAAAGUGGCUCAUUUAAUCUUUUUCUUCUUUAAAAUCACAAAUGUUUAUCUCUGUAAGCCUAUAGCCCCAUUCCAUAUAUCUAGAGAACAUGAAUGUAAGUCAGUUAGAGGCUUAAUAUCUUUUCUAGGUGAUGUAGCUCUGUUAGAAGUGUUUUUGCAGGCGUAGAGCUGAAAGCAGCCUUCUUGUCUUACUGUGCCCCGUCAGUUCCAUGUAGUAUCCUCGGGACAAUGGUUUUUGGAGCCUAAUUUACUCAUUAUGUUGAUCUAUAUGUGUAAAACUAUAUAUUCAUUUAUCUUUUCUUUUUAAUUUUAGCAAAUACAUGUGUAUCUUCUAAACCUAACUGAUGUAUUAGUAGGGGCUGAUUUUGAUGGCUUUUGCAGUGCCUUGACUCCUUCAGUUUUUUUUGUUUUGUUUUUUUAACCAGAGGCUGAAACAAGCGGGGUCAGUUGGCUUAGUUUACUUUUGCCUUCAGGUGUCUUAUCUUACCUGUCUGCUACGAUGCCUUUAUCUCGUUAUUUUCAGGUUAUCUCAAUCGAGAGAGGGCAGCUUGAAGGAUUUUUGCUGGUUGAUGGUUGUCGACAGUCUCGGUCUGUGUUUAAAAACCUUGAACUUGUUUUUCUUUUAAAUUCAGGAAACCAGAAUUUCAGGGUAGGAUAGCCCUCAGUCAUUCCCUGUCUGUACACUUACACCGCAGUCAGGUACGUUAGUGCACUUUCCCUCGUUAAGUCAAACUUGGCACCAUCACGCUGAAGUCUUAAACCUAGUCACAUUCCUGUGUGCCUCCAGCACCAGUUUCCACAAACCCAACGUACAGAUGUGCUCCAUUUCUAUUUUUGUAAAAGAUUCUAAUCUAAUGCACGAUUUAACAAAGCUUCAUGUAGCUGCAGACGGUUAUUGUUGUUAAGGACCAAAGUAUCUUAUACCCUUGCCCUUUUGUAGUGUUGCAACUUCCAAACAGGUUUUUUUUCCCCUCCCCAUCAUCCUGCUGUUCUUUGAAAACACAAGGCUUCAGUUUUCUGUUCCUCAAAUGCCUUGGGACAAGUCUUUUUCAUAAUUACCUAUACUGUAUAUGUAUCCCUUUCUGUUUCACUCUACGAAAAGCCUCCUUUGAUAGCAGUUGCUUUAGAACGAAUACUUAACACAGUCCUCAGUGUGAUGUUGACAGUGUAGAAGAUUAUAUGCCUUUCAAUUUUGUUUAAAAGCUUUUAUUUUUCUCCUUUUUAUAUGGGGGCAGGGUGGGGUUAAUGUAUGAAGCGGGGUAGAUGGUUGUAUAUAUUCAUGUUUUUGUACCACAAAAUGAUUUGGAUUCUAUACACUCUACGUUCAAGACAUGUAUAUUUUGAUAAACAUUACAAACGUAUGGAGCUCCCCGGAGCUGUAAAACAGAAAAAAAAAAAUCUUUUGUAACACAAAGACAUUAAACCUAUCUGAACACAGAAGUGUCUCUGUAUGUGCCCCACUCCCCCCUUUGCCAUUCUGGUCUUGUCUCUUGCAUCUUCUGCUGCCUUCAAUAAAUCUUUAGUUUGUUCCUUCUUUCA